AUUUUUAUUCUAUCUUCAUAAGAAUUAGAAUUGUAAAAAUUGAUAAAAAACUUCUUACUACGUAAAAGAACGAAAUGACACAAAGAAAAUCUUACAUUGAGGACAUGUUGAAUAUGGAUUCGGAUUAUCCAAGCACAAGUCAUUAUGAAAGUGAAAUUCCUCAAUUCUUUGCGGGUUGUAAUGUCCUUAUAACAGGUGCUUCCGGUUUCGUUGGUACACUUCUAGUAGAAAAAUUAUUGCGAUGCUGUCCAGAUAUAGAGAAGAUGUAUAUAUUAAUGAGAACAAAGAAAGAAAAAUCAUCAGAACAGCGAUUUAAAGAACAUUUCAACAGCCCUGUUUAUGAUAAAUUAAAAAAAGAACAGCCCAAUUUUAACGUCAAAGUCAUAAUGAUAGAAGCUGAUAUAAGCAAAUUAGAUUUCGGAUUGUCACCAGAAAAUCGAAAACGUAUUUUAGAUACAAAUAUAAUUUUUCAUGGGGCAGCGACUGUACGAUUUAACGAAUCCAUACGACUUGCAGUCAAUAUAAACGUGAGAGGAACGAAACAAUUUCUUCUCCUCGCGAAAGAAAUGCCAGAUUUGAAAGCAUUCAUUUAUAUAUCUACUGCAUUUUCGCACUGCAUACAUAAAUUCAUUGAAGAAAAGUUUUAUCCUCCACCUAUUGAAACGGAUAAAAUUUUAACAUUACUCGAUAUUUUGAAUGAUGAACAGAUGGAAAAAUUAAUACCGACGUUAAUAGGUAAAUGGCCGAAUACAUAUGCCUUUACAAAAGCAAUUGCUGAAGACACUGUGCGGCAAUAUAGUAUUGGAAUUCCAACCUGCAUCGUGCGUCCAUCAAUUAUAAUAUCAACGGUAAAGGAGCCAAUGCCUGGAUGGAUUAACAAUGUAUAUGGAGCAGUAGGCGUAGUCAUGGGUGCUGCCAUAGGUUUAUUACGUACUUUGCAUUGCCCACCUGAAUAUGUAGCAGAAUUGGUGCCCGCCGAUUACGUCAUCUCUCAUCUUGUUGUCGCGAGUUGGGACAUCGCCAAAAGGAAAAAUGCUUUACUAAGCAUUGAACAUGCGAAUCCGGAAAUACCAGAAACCGAGAGAGUACCCAUUUAUAAUUAUGUGUCAACAUGUCAAAAUCCCAUCACUUGGGAGAGAUUUUUGAAUUUGAAUAAAAUGUAUGGCAUGCAAGCAGUGAGCACGCAUAUAUUAUGGUAUUAUAUGCUUGUGCUAAACAAAUACAAAUUCAUGAAUGAUAUCUGCGUAAUAUUCUUACAUACAAUACCUGCUAUAAUAGUUGAUACUCUGCUCUUUCUUAGCGGUCGAAAACCCAAAUUACUACAGGUUUAUAAGAAAAUAAACAAAUUUAGCUCUGUAAUAUCAUACUUUUCCUCACAACAAUGGCAGUUCAGUAAUGAUGCCGUUAUAAGACUCUGGGAACGUAUGAAUCUAGCUGAUCGCGAAAUUUUUGACUUUAACAUGGAUAAUUUGGACUGGGAAUCAUAUCUUAAACAUAUGAUUCCUGGUAUGCGCGUAUACUUAGCUAAUGAUCCAAUGGAGACUCUAGAAAGAGGACGAGCAAAAUAUAGAAAAUUAAAAAUUGCUCAUUAUACAUUAAUAACUGUUCUUUCAAUUCUGCUAGUAUGGGGCAUUAUAAGUAUAAUAAUUCGCAUAAUAUCAAAAACACUACAACAAAGAGAUCCAAAAAUGGCAGAAAAAAAAAAUUACAUUGAGGAAAUGUUAGAUAUGUCAGAUUCGCCAUUAGACGCUAGCCAUUAUCAAAGUGAAAUUCCUCAAUUUUUCGCGGGUUGUAACAUUCUUAUAACAGGUACUUCUGGUUUCCUCGGUAUACUUCUGAUAGAAAAAUUAUUGCGAUGUUGUCCAGAUAUAGAGAAGAUUUACGUAUUAAUGAGAGCAAAGAAAGAAAAAUCACCAGAACAGCGAUUCCAAGAACACUUCAACGAACCUGUUUAUGACAAACUAAAAAAAGAGCAGCCCAAUUUUAGCACCAAAGUAAUAAUGAUACAAGGUGAUUUAAGCAAAUUGGAUCUCGGAUUGUCACCGGAAAAUCGAAAACGUAUUUUAGAUACAAAUAUAAUUUUUCACGCGGCAGCAACUGUACGAUUUAACGAACACUUGCGACUUGCAGUCAACAUAAACGUGAGAGGAACGAAACAAUUUCUUCUUCUCGCGAAAGAAAUGCCAGAUUUGAAAGCAUUCGUUUAUGUAUCUACCGCAUAUUCGCACUGCAUACACAAAUUCAUUGAAGAAAAGUUUUAUCCUCCACCUAUUGAAUCGGAUAAAAUUUUAACAUUACUCGAUAUUUUGGACGAUGAACAGGUGGAAAAAUUAACACCGGCAUUAAUAGGUAAAUGGCCAAAUACAUACUCCUAUACAAAAGCAAUCGCUGAAGAUGUUAUGCGGCAAUACAGUAAUGAAAUUCCAGUCUGCAUUGUACGUCCAUCAAUUGUAGUAUCAACGGCAAAAGAUCCAAUACCUGGAUGGAUUAACAAUGUAUAUGGAGCGGCGGGUGCAGCUAUGAGUACUGCUUUAGGUUUAUUACGUACUAUGUAUUGCGUACCUGAAAUUGUAGCAGAUCUAGUGCCCGCCGAUUACGUCAUUUCUCAUCUCAUUGUCGCGAGUUGGGAUGUAGCCAAAAAAAAAAAUGCUUUAUUAAACAUCGACAACGCAAAUCCAGAAAUAUCAGAAAUCGAGAGAGUGCCAAUCUACAAUUAUGUGUCAAUAUGUCAAAAUCCCAUUACUUGGGGGAAAUUCUUCGACUUGAAUAAGAUUCAUGCUAUGCAAAUAGUAAGCACGCAUGUUGUAUGGUAUUAUAUAUACGUGUUAAACAGAUCCAAAUUCAUGAAUGAUGUCUGCGUCGUAUUCUUACAUAAAAUUCCUGCUGCCAUAGUCGAUACUCUGCUUUUUCUAAGCGGUCGAAAACCCAUGCUACGAAAGACUUACGAGAGGAUAAACAAAUUUAAUUCCUUAAUGUCAUACUUUUCCUCACAACAAUGGCAAUUCUGCAACGAUUCUGUUAUAAAACUCUGGGGACGCAUAAAUCCAGCUGAUCGUGAAAUUUUCGACUUUAAUUUGGAUAAUUUAGACUGGGAAUCAUAUCUUAAGUAUUUGUUUCUUGGUAUGCGCAUAUAUAUACUUAAUGAUCCAAUAGAGACUGUAGAAAAGGGAAGAGUGAAAUAUAAGAAGCUGAAGAUUGCUCAUUAUACAUUAAUAACUGUUCUCUUGAUUUUGCUAAUUUGGGGUGUAUUAAGCUUAAUGAAUCGUAUAUAUUAUUAUUAUUUUGAUUUGUAAAUUUUUUUUCUAUUAAGUUAGAGCAAAAAUAAACUACG